AUGGCUACGGGUCUCAUACAAAAAGCAGGAAAAACAGCUCCCCGUUUGGCUGAAGAUAUCCAACUUUACGACUCUGCCUCGCUUGAAAGCACUGGUCGCAACCUGCUCUCUCAAGCCCCUCCAGUGUUUCAGGAACAAUACAAAGGUCCCUUGCAGUACAUAUCAAGCCAAGCAUGUCGCCACAAUUAUGUGAUCAAACAAGACCAGACUCAUCUGGCCAGCUCAGACAAAGCACGCAAAGAAGCAAUGUCCAAGGUGUGCGCCAUAUGUUCCAAAUGCUGUAGCCAUCUACAGGUGGUUGCGAAUUAUGGAAACAACAGAAAUAAAUCGAUCAAUGAAGCACGGGAUCAUAUUCACCAUCUGGUGUACAAAUCUGGACGGCAAAAGAGAUCCGGCACAGGUGAAGAGAUCAUGGAGACAGGGCAGACAGCCGAGACAUUUCACUACCAAUGUUCCCACCCGUUAUGCUCAACAGCAAUCUCUCUACGCAUUCUGUCACCAAUCAUCACUCUCAUGUAUCAUGCUCAGCUGACCAAUGUGGAAAUCUUGCGUCAGCGAGCAGGAGCUGCAUUUGCGGCUCAGCCAGAGCGUCUUGAGGGUGUGCCAUUUCCAUCGCCCAUCACUGUUCUGGAGAACUUACGCCUCUACUUGAACAAUGCACUUCAUUAUCCCGACCGCAGUAAGACUAUCACGUCGAACAAUAAACGAUUCAUGGUCUCUUUUGGCGUGGGAGGUGCAGCUUGCCGAGAACUGCUAGAGUUUUUAGGGUUUGAAUACCGCAAGGAUGAUGAUACUUGGGAUCCGCCUCGUCCUGUCCCUAAGGCAACAAUGCCUUAUCAAGAUGGUGCAAGACUUUUCUUGGAUGAUGUUAUCCACGAAUUGAUCUGCUUGAUCAAUAACAGGCCUCCAUCAGAGCGACGGGAAAUAAGCCCACCUCCUCUGCCUCCAUCAGCAAAUGAUGAUAUCUUGCAUGCCAUGGAGGCAUUUGACUAUCCCAAAGCAAAACGGGUGCAUAUGUUCAAAAUGGCCUCUUCUUCGUACUAUGAAGAUCUUGGGGCUGUGGAGGACAUGUCUUCCCCAUUGAUCAUAGACUCUUAUCAUCGUCAAGUAGUGGCAGACCCCGGAAAUGCGGCACGCUAUUUAGCGUGUCUCAAAGAAAUAGGCACUCUUCGAGGGGGUGAGGAUGGCGAGAUCAUCGAUCAGGCUGUUCAGCAGGCCUAUUCAGAGGGUCGAUACACCUAUGAUGAUGUGGCUGAAGCUUACAGAUUUUUUGGGCUGAAUCAUGAGGAUCGCGAGGUCUCAGAUGAGACCAUUAUUGGAAAAUUCUAUGCGCUCAUUUCAGCUCCUGGCUCUAACGUCCGCCACCGCCGUGACCCUGCCCCAUCACCCUCGACACCACCCCUCAAUGAAACUUCGUGGGACGCGGAGAUCCGGCGCCAUCUCUGGCUUAUUGGCGACAACAUGGGUAAUCAGCGUAUUAAGGCGACUUCAGAAGACCGCGUGGAGAAUUUUGCGCAAGCGCUUGCCUUCCUGGGAGUCGAUGAGCAGACGCCUGAUGACUUCAUUGUUACAAUGUACACCACAAAGAUUAGCGACCAGCCCUGGUCCAAGCCCAUAGCCGUCAAAGCUCUUGAGCUCAUCGCGCAGACACGCAAAUCCGAAGGCUUAGAGUGGUUCAUUAAAACGGGUGAACUGGUUUCUGGUGAUAUGGAAAUUGCUGAUGCUUAUCGCAUGCUGCAAAUCCCAAACAGAACUGUCGACGAAGACGCUGUUAUUGCGGCAUUCACGAUUUGCAUUGAUGAAAACCCAGGCCAGGCUGAUGUUUAUGGACGUGCUCUUGGUGUUAUUGCCAGAGAAAUGGAUAGCACCGUGCUCAAGAGCAUGGCGGGGAUCAGUACAGGGGCUGAUGUCAACGCUUCCAACUGGCCUGUUGGUCUCACGAAUAUCGGCAACACCUGCUACCUGAACAGCCUUCUUCAGUUUUAUUUCACUAUUAAGCCAUUUAGAGACUUGGUAGGCAACAUUGACAAGUAUCAAAUGGAUGUCACAAGUGAGACAAGCUUAGUGGCGAAGAAGGUGGGAUCUCGCCUGGUCACAGUGAAAGAAGUCAAUCGGUCUUUGCGAUUUGUUUAUGAACUUCGAUUACUUUUCGCAAACAUGGCUACUUCACCAAACUCUUCAGUCACGCCCAGCCAAGAGCUUGCGCGGUUGACCCUCAUCGCUGAAGGCAGUGAAGCCGCUAUUAAUCAGCGGUCCAUCACCAGAGAACAUGGCCUUGGCGACAUUAAUGGUGCUCCUGUCUUGGGUCCACUUGGGGAUCCCCAGUCCAUUGAGGAAAAGCCCAUGACCACUGAGACCAAUGUCAACGAUGCUAGUAGCGAAGCAACUCUGGUAGCCCAGCCAGAAGGUCCUAAUUCAGCCACAGCUAUUCAAGCGGUGGCCACCUUACCCGACUCCUCUGCUCAACCUCCACCUGUACCAUCUCGUCCAGAUUUCGAUAAUCGAGAAUUUUCGCUGGAAAACGUCGAUUUUGGCAUGCAACAAGACGUCACUGAGGUUAUCAACAAUGUCCUCUUCCAGACCCAGUGUGCCAUUCGACCUCGAGAGAUCGCUGCUGAUGGUGAACAAAUUGACCAGGUCAAAGACUUAUUCUACGGACAAACACGAUCUUACAUCACUACGCCUGAAGGCACACGCUCUAAGGAGGAACGUUGGUCAGAUAUCAAGGUUAACGUGGCUCUCGGACCUCGAGACAUCUACGAUGCCAUCGACGGGGCUUUUGAUCCUCAAAGUAUCAUUGUUGACAAGCAAGAGGCUGAGCAGCAUGGCGCCAUUACCCGCCCGCCCCCAGUCCUUCAGAUCCAGGUGCAGCGUGUGCAGUUUGAUCCGGUAAAGAAAACGUCUUACAAGUCGACAAACCAUCUUCAGCUUGCGGAGACAAUUUACCUUGACCGUUACAUGGAUUCUUCGAGACCGGAAAUCUUGCAAAAGCGAUACGAUUGUUGGGAAUGGAAGAAGAGAAUUGUUGCUCUCCAGACCCGCCGAAACGAGUUGCUCAGCUCAGAGGAUUCUAAGAUGCCUGACCCGAUGAACCUUCUGUCUCGAAUGGAUGAACUAGCCCACCAGCUUGCUGGGCACCAGCAGAACCACUCGACCCAUUUACGUGUCGAGCCAACGUUCUCGCAGGAGAUCCAGGAAGUCGCAAACGUGGUGGAAAAGGAAAUUCAAGCUAUCGACAAUGAAAUUCAAACCACAAAGAAGCUCAUUUCCGAGCAAUUUGCCGACUCCCGCGCACUCCCUUACGAGCUUUAUGCAGUCUUUAUUCACCGAGGAAGUGUCUCAUUUGGUCAUUACUGGAUCUACAUUCAUGAUUUACAGUCAGGAAUCUGGCGAAAGUACAAUGACGAGUACGUGACCAAGGUUGAGAACCUGGACGAAAUUUUCGGAAGCCCUAACGACACCAAUCCACCAACUCCUUAUUUCCUUGUCUACAUCCACAAAGACAAAAAGGAUAUCUUGACUGGCCCCCUUGAGCGCGUGAUUCUCGAGAACAGUGCUACAAACUACUCAAAUGACUCAAAUGCUAUGAAUGACUCAACUGCUAUGGAGGGAUUAAUUUCCCCCAACCCCCUGGAGGGCGCUCAUGCAGAUUACAAGACUUACUAUGAACGCCCUGUGACACCCCUCACUGUCACCCCCCGCUCUGCCCAAGAAUUUCGAGACAUUCCAAUGGAGUAA